AACAACAGAUGUGAUGGAGAGUUUUCCAUAUGACAUGUCAAAAAGAAGCUUGACCAGUUAUGUUAAUACAGACCUGGAUGAUUUACUAUAUAAAAUGAAUACUGCAAAUAUAACUAUUAGUAAAUCACUAGAGAUGGCUGAGAGGUUUUUGAACAGCACAGAAAUGAACACGGAGGACCCCACCUUUGACCAAAUUGUAAACUUCCUCGAUUCGAUUCUCAAUAUCAGUGUCAAGCUCCAUUCGCAGGAAGUUCUUUCAGACUGGAAUACAUACAACUGGACACUAAAAAAUAUUGUGCUUUUAACCAAUGGCAUCUUACAAAUUGCUCUUUCACCCUGCUCUCAGAUAAAUAUUACAUCUAACCAGAAACAAAUCUUAACUGACCAAAUGAUUGAAAUUAUGAACAAUGUUCAGUUGGCAUCAUCGCAGGCUUUGAUGCCUGGUCAUGCACCAAUUGUUAUUGAUACCUCAAUAUGCAGUAUUUUCAUCAACAGUUACAAUUCAACGGAACUUAUGAGUAAGAAACUGGAGAUCUCAAGUGAUGAAGUGAGUGUGACACUUCCGUCAACUAAAGCAUUACAAGACAUAAUUGUUAACAAGUAUGCUUACAUAACUGUUCAGAUGACCAGCUACAGCCAGAGCCCUUUCAAGAACUCAGGAAAUGUAACUAUCACAGGCACUGUUGGAAGUCUAACAUUAACAUCAAAUGGCAGAACUAUUAGGAUAAACAAUUUAUCUGAGCCCUUUGAGAUUUUCCUUCCUCAUUCAAGCAGUGGCAGUGCUGGUGUCAUGUCAGUAAAUACAUCUGGAGACCCUGUAAUCAAUAGUUUUAACAUCUCCUCUCUAAGAGACACUGUUGUUGUUUCUAUAACCUGUAGUAAAAACGUCUCCAUGUUGUUGUAUCUAGCAAAAGGAUACCAGCCAAAUAGUAAAAACUUCAGCUACAUGACUACUCUCUCAUCAAAUUCUAAUGGUGGCUAUCGAUGGCUUGUGACACCAAAAAUGCUAACACUGGGGACAGGAGAAUGGUUUCUUUCAAUUGCUCCAGUCAAUUACACUAACACGACAAAUAUGACAAUAAGUAUAUCCACCUUUAGUGCUCAGUGUGUGUUUUGGAAUGAAACAGCUAAGGAAUGGAGCAAUGAAGGCUGUGAGGUUGGCCCGGAUACUCAGCUUUGGCAGACACAUUGCUUGUGUAACCAUCUGACUUUUUUUGGGAGCUCUUUCUUUGUGCUGCCCAACCAAGUUGAUCUAUCCAAAACAGCAGAGUAUUUUUCACGCAUUGCUGACAAUCCUGUAGUGGUGAUACUUCUCUCAGUGUUCUUCAGUCUUUAUGUAAUUACUGUGGUGUGGGCUUGGUGGAAAGAUAGGAAGGCAACUAGUAAGAGCAAGCUGACAAUUCUGCAUGAUAAUCAGCCUGGUGCUCAAUAUCGGUACUUGGUAACAAUACAGACUGGACAUCGACAUGGAGCUGGAACAUCUGCCAAGAUCCACAUUUGCUUAGUUGGCACUGAGAUGGAGACUGAGCCCCACUACUUGAUGGACCCAGAGAAGCCAGUUUUUGAGAGAGGAAAUGUUGAUAUGUUCCUACUGACAACACCCUUUUCUCUUGGUGAGCUACAGUGUUUGCGGAUCUGGCAUGAUGACCACGGGAAGAAUCCUAAAUGGUAUAUAGGUAAAGUAGUUGUACUGGACCUGGAAACCCACCAGAGAUGGCACUUUCUGUGCAACACAUGGAUAAGAUCUGAGGCAGGCAAGGGCCAGGUGGAAAAAUCAUUCACCCCAGCACAGAUGACGGAGGUUACUAGUUUUAGCAACAUCUUUGUCAGCAAGACAACAAAUGAUCUCCGAGACGAGCACAUCUGGAUAUCGAUAGUGGAUCCUCCUCACCGUAGCCCUUUCACUCGAGUACAGAGGGUCUCCUGUUGCAUGUGUCUGCUUCUCUGCACUAUGGCCAUUAAUAUUAUGUUCUGGAAUCUGCCCAAGGACACACAGUCACCUGUAAUUUUUCACAUCUCUAACAGUGUGGUGUUAACCUGGCAGGAGCUGAUGAUUGGAAUUGAAAGUGCCUUCCUCAUGUUCCCUAUAAACAUCCUCAUUAUCACCAUCUUCAGGAGUAUCCAGCCAAGAAAUCCUUGGAGCAGGCAGGAAGAAAGUAAAAAGAAAAUGGUACAAAACUCAACCUACAAUGAUCCAACCCAGAAGACGCUUCUUCAGGAUACAGCUGACCUUGUGGUGACACUUUGUAAAAGCAGAAAGAAUGAUAUAGCAGAGCUGCAGAAAGAACUGAAAACUGAGCAGGACUUCUUAAUUGCACUGGAUGUAAUUGAUGGAUUUGUUUUACAACUACAGGGGAACAUGGACAAUCCAAACAGCAGUGAUCUCCACUGGAUCUACUGUAGCCACUAUUUGUACAACAGAAUGCAGCACAUUUCCACAUGCCUGGAGGAGAUGGGACCAAUGUCAUUUUGCUCUGAAGAGAAUUACAGAUAUUCACACCAAAGAUUAACGCAGAUGGCACAGCAAGUGGCAAAACUAGUGUCAAGUUACUGCCCGCAGAUACCAUCUGCUGUAGUGAAGCCUCCCAAACGCCCAUGCUGUACCUGCCGAUUGCCUUGGUGGUUUGUUUUUGUUGGAUGGGCUCUGCUACUAACAAUCAGUGUUGUCUCUACAUUUUUUACUUUGUUAUAUGGCUUUGUUUAUGGAAAAGAUUUGUCUAUCAAGUGGGUCUUAUCCAUGGGGUUGUCUUUGUUUCAGAGCAUCUUCAUACUUCAGCCAUUAAAGGUUGUAUUCCUGGCAAUCUUCUUUGCACUGAUUGUUAAAAAGGUGGAGGAAGAGGAAGAAGUGGAGACUCUUCUCUUAGGUGCUACUGGGACUCCAUUAUGCCCACCACAUAUCUGAAAGAAAGCUAUGAAAACAUAUAGAUCUGAAAAGCGGAUCAUGGAUGGAGAAAGCACUUCAGCCAUGUUCAGAAGCAACAAUGGACCUCAGCAGCUGACCCUAUUAUUGUUAUUUUUACAGCAUGUUAGUCACAUUUUGACAUUCAUAUAUAUAUAUAUAUAUAUAUAUAAC